UAGAUCUGGAACACCAAAACAACAAACCAGCGUUUACAGCGUACGGUACGGCCAGAGUGUCCGAUUGCAACCCCCAGUCCCGGAAUGCCCACUAGGCAUCGUCGUCGACGUCCGUAGACGAAACAACAAGCCUAUUCUAUUCCCCAAAUCAUGAUCAAACCCACUUUGACUCUCUCCUUCACCUUCUCUCUCCUCAUCUUCGAAACCCUAACAUCAAUCUCUGCUCACCCAACCCUAAACAUCUCUCACUUUCUCUUUCCCAAGGUCAGCCACGAGCUUCGUCCUCAACCCUCUCCUUUCUUCCAGGAUGUUUUGAGAGCUAUAUCGGUUCGGCAAGAGUGGAAUAGCUCGGAGGGCGUUAGGGUUUCGAAAUUGGAUUCCAGGAAAGUGAAAUUCGGUAGUUCGCAGAGGUAUGAGUUUCGGCUUCGGAUUGGGAAGACUGAGUUGAUCUUCAAACUUAGGGACGAGGUGGCUUCGUGGAAGAAGAUGAAGAAAGAGGGAGAUUUUGAAUCUUUGGUUAAUGAGGCUAGUUCUGUGGCGGUGCUCGAUGCGUUUAUAGCCCAAGGUCCUUUGGAAUUACGCGUGGGAGGAGAUGAUGAAUUCUCGGUGCUCUUACCGCUGAACACUUCACAUACUGGUCUGAAACGGAUCCUUGUUGGUGAAGGAAUCACAGUAGAAGUAAGAAAUGCUCAAGAAGUCUCUCUGUUUCAAGCACUGGAACUUGGGCUACAAGCGAAUAAAAGUGUUACAAUAAACAGGGAGAGAAGCAAGUAUUGGCCUUUUCAGCACUCAAUAUGUAAGCCAUUACUUCCUGUACACAUUUCAGGGUCUGUGACGGUGGCUGCCUACAAGUCCCAAAACCCUAAUUCCUAUAUUGAAACUGCUUUCCCAUCAAAAGACACAAUUGAAUUGCUGCCAGAAAAAUGUUACAUUAGAAACAUCUACAAAAAGCGGCACUGCCCCAUUGAUUCCCUGAGUUUGAGGAUAGCUGUGGUGGAGAAAAUUUUGAGGAGAUUUCUAGGAAACAAAAUCCAAAAGAACAGACAUUUUGGUUUUCUAAAAGCAAAUAUCAAAGCAUCAACCGUUGUUCGAUUCAAGAUGGAACUAGAAAGGGAUAUCAGAAGCAACUACACUCUCUGGGGCACAUUGGCUGAAUGGAGAACAAGGCCUACUGUCGAACGUGUUUGGUUCGAGGUAGUGGCUAGGAUUGAGGGAGAGAGGUUGAAGCCGCUAGUAAUUAAGAAGUUACGACCUUUCAUCGAGGUAGAUUCAUCUGCUUGGAGUAAUUUGAUGUCCAAUAUUUCUUUUACAAAGUUUCCAUCAGUUCUUGUCCCUCCGAAGGCUCUAACGCUGGAUGUGAAAUGGUAGGAGAAAUGGCAUAGGUAUUUUCAGGUAUUUUUGUUGAUCUAUCAAUGUAUUUGUUCUUUCUCUUUGUUAAGUGAUCAGUUUAAUACAUGCACGUGAUUUGUAAAAAAGAAUUGUUGUUGGCUUUUGUAAAUUACAAGAACAAAAAAAGAAAUGAAAAAUAAGAUUACUUACCAAUGAUUGUUGAAAA